AUGGAAACUCUAAAAAUUUUCAUAGGAAAAUUCAAAAUACAUUUUCUGAUCAAGAUUUUUGCAAUGUUAUGCAUACCUAGCUUCAUUAUGAUCUAUUUAAUAUUCUUUCCAAUAACAUUACCAGUUUCUAUUUUGUUAUGCCUAAAUUAUAAAUUUCAAGUAUUGUGAUUCACAUUGUAGAUAAAAUAACUUCUAAAAAAGUAGUUAAAAACUGCAUACAAUCUUCCAUUACAAGGUCUUAAUUACUCAUUAUAAUCUGCAUAUCAAUACAUAUUUGAUGAAGUAAUUGAUCUAAUAUAUCAAUUUAGCCACUAUUUAUAUUAAUAAAGGCAAUCCAAGAAAUAAUGUUGCCUUUUUGCCCAAUUGUUAAAAUAGUGAGAUUCAUACACGCUAAUUUAUAUUAUUUAUCAAAUUUGAAAUUGAUAAAGGUUUUAAUUAAACUUCUUACUCCAUAUUGGCAAUUUAUUAUCAAUAUCAUUAAACAAAACAUAUUUUGGGUAUAUUUGUUAAACAUUUUAGAAAGUAGGUGUUUAUUUUUAUAUCAAUUAUAUAAUUCCAUUAUAGGUGCGUAUGGAAAUAGAUAACUUUAUAAUAAAUGUUGAGGAAAAAAUAGUAAAUAUUCCAAUAUAUGAUCAGUUGUUUAUAAUAUUCUAGUAUAUAAUAUUAUUAUAUAAUUAGACAUUCCAUCAUGAAUGAGUCAAACAAAAUGAUUUAAAGCUAAAAAUCAGAUUAAGAACUUAAUAAAUAAAGAAUUUAAUUAAAUUAAAAUGCAAUUACUUAAUUUUGGAAAAUUAAGUCUCUAAAAGAGAAAGUAAUUUUAGAACUAGAGUGUGAAAAUGCAGCUGGUUUAUCUUAUAUAGCAGAAACUUAUGGUCCUAAAAAAUGUCUAGGAGUUGUUUCAUCAGAAAUUCAGAUAUAAAAAAAUAAGAAUACUUAUUAAUAAUAAACUAAUUUAACAUUUGAGAAUUUACUUCCUAAUGAUUUAGGAUCAAUUGAAUUAAUAAAUGAUGUCAAUAUUAUUAUUGGGAUUGAGUUAAAAAAAAAACUUGACUUAAAAAAUGUUGAUUUUAAAAGGUUUGAAUUAAAAGAUAUUUAGAUAUUUGGAAACAGCAAUUAAUUUAUUGAUUGAAGAAGGUUAUUUAAUUAUUUCUGAUCUUGACAGUUAAUAAAACAUUUAUUAGAUAGAGAACAAUUUAAAUAUAGAUGGAUUAAGAUUGAUUGAUAAGCAUGAUUUAACUUUAGAGUUAUGUUCAGCGAUUAAAUUUUAAAUAGCCUAUAUUUAAUAAUAGACAAAAGAUUAUGGUGAAUGGAGUAAAAUAUAUCUUUAAUCAUUAGUUUUAAAUUGUGUAGGCAAAAAAUUAAAACAUUAUAAAUAAACAUAAAAAUAAUUAGAAGAUAGAGAACUAUUAUAUAUGGUUUAUAUAUUGAAAAAGUAGAAUGUUUGA